GUCACGGCGCUCGUGUGGAAGUGUGCCACUCUAUUUGGGAAAUGCGCGAGCAGGAAUCUUUCACGUGGAAACAGACGCUGGAUUUCCAGUGGCGCGUGAGGACGAUUAAAACCAGCAAACAAUAAUUAAAAUGACAUUGUUCACAAAUAAGGACCUAUUUUUGCCGGUGAUUUAUGCGUGAAAUGAUGCAACUAAGAGAUUUGUUACCAUUUCAAGCUACUUUUAUGAAACAGAAAAACAUAUUCGCAAUAUUAAGCACAAUUUCCUGCGCUUUUUGUCUUCGUUUUAUCUUAUCACUUUGAGAAAGCUGUGUAACGCAUUUCCCUGCAGACGACGAAGGCACGAGCUGCUCCAUCCCAAACCCAUUUUUCAGGAUUAUUUGCUUAAAUUUGAACAUUGACAUUAGCCUACUGUUUAGAUGGACAACUGUUUGGAUAUCUCUACGCUUAAACCUGGCUUUCGACUAGUCUUGGCAUUCGAGAUGAGUUACUUGACGUCACUGUUGCACAUAGUUGCUGCGGUCCAGUUGAGCCUUUUACCUGCACAGAGUUCUCCCUUAGUAAGUGUAAACAGCACAGCUAAAGUGAUGCUGUUUCAGGAGGUUUGGGGCAAAAGCUUCUGUCGCACUAUAGAGAAGCUAGUGGAUGUCGUUCAGGAGUACCCUGGGGAGGUGGAGCACAUUUUUAGCCCCGCCUGCGUGCCAUUGGUCCGCUGCGCUGGUUGCUGUGGCGAUGAAAACCUAGAGUGUCACCCUACACUGACUUCCAAUACCACCAUGCAACUUUUAAAGAUUAAGCCAGCAGAGCAGGGCCAGGAAUAUGUGGAUAUGACCUUUGUGGAGCACAAAGCCUGUGAAUGUAGACUAAGAAAGCCGACAACAAAGCAUGACAGAUGGAAACCCAGAAAUCGAGGGAGAAAAAGGAAGGAGAAACAAAGAGUGAAAGAUUGUGACACGUGUCAGCCUCCUCGCAGGUAAACACUGACCUGCCGUGAUCUCUUCCAGUCACAUGCACCCGCCCCCUUCUGUCGACAUCAUCAUCCUCAUCACUCUUUUAUGGAUGCUGCCAUUGCUCUGCACCUUAAGAUCCCAGAUGCAGAGUUGUAAUGGUGACGUGGCUUCUCUUUAGCAC